AUGGCUUCUACAGCUCCUCCAGAAACUGGGACAAGGACAGAACAGCCACAGCCAAACCCACAGGGGCAGCCUCAGUCGGUGCCCUACGCGUACCCUGCUCCUCCACCAUAUCCUGGUUAUCCCUACGCUGCGCCACCUCCGGCUGCUUAUUACACCACCACCCGACCCUACGCGGUGGAGCACCAAUAUCACGUCUUUAGCCGUGUCAUGUGCAUGAUCAUGAUCACAUUUCUCAUAGGUAUGAUCUUUUUGCUCAUCAUUCCGUUGCUAGUAUUCGGUAAAUACACAUCCGAAUUCCAAGUCGAGACCCUAUCCGUACCCUCCUUCAACGUCUCGGACACCUCAUUGAAGGCGAAUUGGGAAGCCAAAGUGAAGGUGAAGAACGUGAAUGAGAAGUCAGAUGCUUACUAUUAUCAUGUAGAGAGCUCCAUAAAUUAUAAAGAUAGUAUUUUGGCGGUGUCAUUGGUGAAUCCUUUUCGAUUGGGGAAGAAGGACACAAGUAACAUAAACGUAGAGUUAGCUUCCAAGGCAGAGCACAGCGGGAUGGAAGAUAAGAUACUGAAAGAGAUUGGGAAGGAUCGGAGUGGUGGGGCGGUGACUUUCAAUUUGAAGUUUGGAGUGGUGGCAGUGUUUUCGUCCGGGAUAUGGAAGAGGGAAGCAAGAAUGUCGAUUGUUUGUGAUGAUUUGAAGGUUAAUUUUGGAGGUGGUAAUGGUGCCGGAACAUUGAGCAGUGGGGAGCACAAGUGUGUAACCUAUAUAUGAAUAUUCAUGUGUAUAUAUUCCUCUUUCUUGUUUAUUUAAGAAGAUGGUCCUUUGGUGCGUGACUUGGUUUUGCAUGGUCUAUUCAUGCUAUAUAUAGUCCAUGAUUAAUACACAGGUAGGAGU